AUGUCUUCUCUUCCUACCACUUUUGACAAGCCCGUCUCCAUCGCCGUCAUUGGCGGCACUGGUCUUGGCCAGCUCGAGGGCUAUGAGCCUAUUGCCGUCCUCAACCCCGUCACACCCUGGGGCUCGCCCGCAUCGCCAAUCCAGAUCCUGGCUCACAACGGAACUCACAUUGCCUUCCUCGCCCGCCACGGUGUUCACCACCAGUACGCACCCCAUGAGGUCCCCAACCGUGCCAACAUCGCCGCCCUGAGGCACAUUGGCGUUCGCACCAUCAUCGCCUUCACCGCCGUCGGUUCCCUCCAGGAGGAGAUCAAGCCGAUGGACUUUGUCAUCCCUGACCAGGCCAUCGACCGCACCAAGGGAAUCCGCCCUUUCACCUUCUUCGAGGGUGGUGUGGUCGGCCACGUCGGCUUUGCUGACCCCUUCGACAAGCACCUCGCCCAGGUCAUCAAGACCUGCGCCGCGCAUCUUGACGGCGACGGUGUCGUCCUCCAUGAGAAGGGAACCGUCAUCUGUAUGGAGGGCCCCCAGUUCUCUACCCGCGCAGAGUCCCACAUGUACCGCUCAUGGGGCGGAUCCGUGAUCAACAUGUCCACCCUCCCCGAGGCCAAGCUGGCCCGCGAGGCCGAGAUCGCCUACCAGAGCAUCUGCAUGGCCACCGACUACGACUGCUGGCACUCGUUCGAGGACGUCAACGUCGAGCUCGUCAUCAGGUACAUGAAGUCCAACGUCGGCAACGCCAAGCGGCUCAUCGCGGGCGUCCUCGACCAGCUCUCCAAGGCCGAGCACAGCGACCUCGUCCAGGCCAAGCACUGGGCCGGCGCCAGCCAGGGCGCCGUCAAGUUCAUGACCAAGCCCGAGGGGCGCGACCCGGAGGCCGUGAAGAGGGUCGACUACCUCUUCCCUGGGUUCUGGGAGUCCUCAUGA